AUGACAAGUAGAAGACUUGAGGAGUCCAUGGGGGCUGUUCAGAUGGGAUUAGUCAAAAUGCUCAAAGGAUUUCAAAGCAAGGUUUUGCCACCCCGAAGUCCAAAGGUGGUUACAGAAGAAGAAGUAAAUCAAAUGUUGACACCCUCGGAGUUCCUGAAGGAAAUGUCCCUCACCACAGAGCAGAGACUGGCAAAUACACGGUUGAUAUGCCGACCGCAGAUCAUCGAACUCUUAGAUAUGGGGGAAACAUCACAUCACAAGUUUUCAGGAAUUGACCUGGAUCAGGCAUUAUUCCAGCCCUUUCCAUCAGAAAUUGUGUUUCAGAACUACACUCCCUGUGAAGUCUAUGAAGUUCCUCUGGUUUUGAGGAACAAUGACAAAAUUCCAAGGAUGGUGAAAGUGGUUGAGGAAAGUUCACCUUACUUUAGAGUCAUCAGCCCCAAAGAUAUUGGCCACAAAGUAGCUCCAGGAGUGCCAUCCAUAUUCCGAAUCCUCUUCACUCCAGAGGAGAACAAGGAUUAUGCCCAUAUGUUGACCUGUGUUACUGAGAGAGAAAAGUUUGUUGUACCCAUCAAAGCUAGAGGGGCACGAGCCAUCAUAGAUUUUCCUGACAAGCUGAAUUUUUCUACUUGCCCUGUCAAAUACAGCACUCAGAAGAUUCUGCUGGUACGGAAUAUUGGCAACAAAGAUGCUGUGUUUCAGAUCAAAACCCGUAGGCCUUUCUCUGUAGAGCCAACUGUUGCAACUCUUAAUGUGGGAGAGUCCAUGCAACUGGAAGUGGCGUUUGAGCCACAGAGUGUGGGCAAUCACAGUGAAAGACUUAUCGUGCAUUAUGACACAGGUGAAAAAGUGUUCAUAUCUCUCUAUGGAGCUGCUGUAGACAUGAAUAUAAGGCUGGACAAGAAUUCCUUGAUCAUUGAGAAAACCUAUAUAUCUCUGGCCAAUCAGCGAACUGUAACCAUUCACAACCGCAGUAACAUUAUCGCUCAUUUCCAGUGGAAGAUAUUUGCUACCCAGGAAGAGGAGGACAGAGAAAAGUUUGGGGUCUGUGAUGAUCUGAACAAAGAGGAAAAGAACGAGACUGAUUCAUUCCUUGAAGAGUGCAUUCUUGAUCCUUCACUCCGAGAACGUCUUGCCAUUCUCUCCCGCACAUUUGAGAAUCAGAGGAGGCUGGUUCAGGGAGACAGCAUGCUCUUCUUGAAUAACAUUUUCACCAUUGAGCCCCUGGAAGGUGAUGUCUGGCCCAACUCAUCAGCUGAAAUCACUGUGUACUUUAACCCUCCAGAAGCCAAGCUCUACCAACAGGCUGUUUACUGUGAUAUUUCAGGCCGAGAGAUCCGUCUGCCCCUCCGAAUCAAAGGGGAAGGGAUGGGACCCAAGAUUCACUUCAACUUCGAAAUGCUGGAUAUUGGGAAAGUUUUUGUUGGAUCUGUACAUUGUUAUGAGGCGAUCCUAUCCAACAAAGGCAGCAUUGAUGCCCUCUUCAACGUGAUCCCUCCAAAUUCUGCUUUGGGAGCCUGUUUUGUGUUCAGUCCCAAGGAAGGCAUCAUUGAACCAAACGGAGUCCAAGCUGUCCAGAUCUCUUUCAGUUCUGCCAUCCUUGGGCACUUCGAAGAAGAGUUCCUGGUCAAUGUUAAUGGGUCACCUGAGCCUGUGAAAUUGACCAUUAGAGGCUGUGUCAUUGGACCUACCUUCCACUUUAACGUUCCUGCUCUGCACUUUGGUGAUGUUUCCUUUGGAUUUCCUCAAACCUUGAUAUGUUCCCUCAAUAAUACUUCUUUGGUCCCCAUGAUCUUCAAACUGCGUAUCCCUGGGGAUGGCCUUGGCCAUAAAAGCAUUUCAAGUUGUGAGCAGUAUUCAGACAACAAAAGACCAUCCUGGACCAAGGAAGAAAUACCCACAAUGAAACCAAAAGAAUUCACCAUCACUCCCAACUGUGGCACCAUCCGCUCCCAGGGAUUUGCUGCUAUCAGGGUGACAUUAUGUUCCAACACUGUGCAGAAAUAUGAGCUGGCGCUGGUGGUGGAUGUGGACGGCAUCGGAGAAGAAGUGCUGGCGCUCUUAAUUACAGCAAGGUGUGUUGUACCUACCCUCCACCUGGUUAAUACCAAGGUGGACUUUGGACACUGCUUCCUGAAGUACCCGUAUGAGAAAACGGUCCAGAUUGUCAAUCAUCAUGACCUCCCAGGAUUCUAUGAGGUCCUGCCUCAGGUGUACAAGGAUGCACCUGCCGUGCUGCUUUCUAGCUCCACUCCCUGCGGAGUCAUCCCCCCCCACGGCACUGUGAACAUAAUGCUGCUCCUGGAGACCCAGGUCACUGGAGAACACAGGUCCACAGUUUACAUCUCGACCUUUGGGAGCCAGGACCCCCCUAUGGUAUGUCAUGUAAAGAGCAUUGGAGAAGGCCCAGUUAUCUACGUACAUCCCACUCAAAUUGAUUUUGGCAGUAUCUAUGUCCUAAAGGACUCUUCCAGGACUCUCAACCUAUCUAACCAGUCCUUCAUUCCUGCAUUAUUUCGGGCACGCAUGGCACACAAAAAAUCCCUUUGGACGAUUGAACCCAACGAAGGCAUGGUUCCCCCAGAAACUGAUGUUCGACUGGCACUGAUUGCCAACCUGAAUGAUGUGCUGACGUUCAACGACACAGUCAUUUUGGACAUAGAAAACAGCAACACCUAUCAGAUUCCUGUCCAGGCUUCAGGAAUUGGUUCCACUAUUGUUUCAGAUAAGCCCUUUGCUCCAGAACUCAAUUUGGGGGCACAUUUUAGCCUGGAUACCUAUUAUUACCGCUUCAAGUUGACCAACAAGGGACGUCGGGUCCAAAAGCUGUUCUGGAUGAAUGACAGUUUCUGUCCCCAGGGCAAGCUGAACAAGAAGGGACAGGUUAAGAAGGGACAUACUGAUGGCCGACGCCAGUCCAAGAGCUCCCAGGAUCCCAGGAACCCACAGAGCCCCGUGUUUCAGCUCCACCCCGUCAGGAUGGAGCUGUACCCAGGCCAGACAAUUGAUGUGAUACUCGAAGGCUAUUCUGCUAUUCCAAGAGUAGUCAGUGAAAAGCUGGUGUGCCACGCCAUCAUCGGGGCCCAGAAGGGGAAGAGCUUGGUGAUGGCUGUGAACAUUGUCUGUGAGUUCACAGCACCUCUUAUCCAGCUCUCCACUAAGGAGCUCGUAUACCGACUGGAGAAGAAACCUAACACCGUUCUGGAGCCUAAUUACCAGCCCUUGGUCAUCAGGAACAUUUCCACCCUGCCCGUGAACUUGCUGCUCUCCACAGCCAGACCCUUCUUUAUAUGUGAGACUGAUAAGUCCCUGCUGCCUGCAGCUCCUGAGCCUAUUAAACUGGAAAUUGAUGAAGAAAAAAACCUGCUGAUCAAGUUUGACCCUUCCUACAGAACCGAUCUGAACAACUGGGUGGCAGAAGAAAUUCUAGCAAUUAAGUAUGUGGAACACCCUCAGGUAGACAGUCUGAGCCUGCACGGAGAAGUGCAUUACCCCAACCUCAGCUUUGAGACGAUGGAGGUGAAUUUUGGCUGUAUCCUGAAUGAUACCGAGGUCAUUCGCUACGUUACAAUCACCAACUGCAGCCCCUUGGUGGUGAACUUCCGCUGGUUCUUCCUGGUGAAGGAUGAGGAAAAUCAGAUAAGGUUUGUGACAUUGCCAAAGAAGCCCUACGGUGUCCCCCUGUUCCAGAUGGAGUCCAUCCUAGCAUCCUCAGCCUCUGCCAGCUUGCCAGCAGUCCCAGCUACAGUAGAGUCCCCCGGGAUCGAUUUAAGUGACUUUGUUAAGACUGUCCCUGUGGAUAAAGAUGCCAGGCCUGAAGAAAAAGAACCCAAAAAUGUGAAAGCAUCCAGCGUGAUAGAUGGAUUAAAAAUUAGCUCCACUGAACCAGAAAGAAUAUACUCAAGCCAGAGCCAGGUGGAGUUUCUGAAAUCCCUAUGGAUCUUUGAACAGGAUGAGAUGCUUUCCAUUGGAGUAGAAGAAGUGUUUGAUAUUUUGCCCCUUUAUGGAGUGUUGCAGCCACACAGUAGCUGCCAGAUAUCUUUCACCUUCUAUGGACACUGUGACAUCAUUGCACAGGCUAAAGCUCUGUGUGAAGUGGAAGGAGGGCCCACCUAUGAAAUCAUACUGAAGGGAGAGGCAUCCCUGGUCAACUAUUCCUUUGACACCACGGAUAUCAACUAUGGAUUACAGCUGUUUGACCAUGUCACAGAAAGGGAAAUCACACUGAAGAACACUGGGAAAGUCGGCUUUGAGUUCAAGGUUCUGAUUGACCACCAGUCUUCACCAGACAUCCUGCUCCCUGGAGUGCCACUGACCCAGCCUCACUCUGGUUUUAUCGGUGCAUAUAAUGAGCAGGUACUGAAGGUUUACUACUUACCUGGAGUACCUGAGGUCUUUCAAAAGAGCUUCCAGAUACAGAUCGCCCACCUGGACACAGAAAAUAUCACUCUGAGUGGAGAGGGCAUCUUUCCCCGAAUCUGCCUCGACCUCCCCAGGAACCUCAGAGGAAAUCAAAAGUACGAAAUGUUCUUGAAUCAGGCCAGAAAAAACAUAGAAUUAGAGUACAGCAAAUAUGAAACUCUCGAUCACAUAGAAAUAAUAACUGAGGAAACGCCUGAGGACGAAACUACUGAGUUAAGUGAUCAUCUCCAGAUGGAAGUAGAACGACUUAUAGUCCAAGGCUAUGCCCUAGAACAUCAGAGAACAAUUUCCUUCAAUUCCAUAGAUGACAUCUGCUUCAGCCAUCGGAGUCACCACAGACUGGCCAAAGUCCAGCUGCCAGAGUAUAUCCUGGACUUUGGCUACAUUAUCCUUGGUGACGUCCGAACCCACAUCAUCAAGAUCACCAACACCAGUCACUUUCCAGUGUCCUUCCACGCAGAAAAGCGUGCCCUUCAUGACACAGGCUUCAGUACUGAGCUCGAUCGUGUAAAGAAUCUGCCUUACUGUGAAACAGAAACAUUUGAAAUGAGGUUUGACCCACAAGGGGCCAAUCUUCCGGUUGGAAACAAAGAAGUCAUUCUGCCCAUUAAGGUGGUUGGAGGGCCAACAGUUCACAUCUGUCUCCAAGCCAAGGUAGCCAUUCCAGCUAUGACACUGUCUUCUGGAAAAGUGGACUUUCCCGCAAUUCAGUGUGGACAGUGCCUGGUGGAAACUAUUCAGCUUUCCAAUCAUCUCCAAGUCCCUUGUGAAUGGUUUGUCCACAGCCAGAAUCCUGUUAACAAGCUGGAGAGACACAUUCCAAAGUACUUAAGACGGAAACUACGCGCUGAGUUAAAGCCAAAGACACGGAUCUUUGAGAUCCAGCCCAUUUCUGGAGUCUUGGAUCCUAGUGAGAGGUCCAAUGUGCAAGUGAAAUUCAUGCCAAAAGAAGAGAAAUACUACAGCCAAACCCUGGUAUUCCAGAUCGCCCAGAGUGCUCAAAAGCUUACGCUGCUGGCACAUGGGCAAGGUCUGGAGCCACGCCUGGAAUUUAUACCUUCAGUUGUGGAGCUGGGGCCGCUGCUGCCUUAUACACCUGGGGACGAGGCUGAGGUGAUAGUGAAGAAUCCCUGCAACUUUCCCAUUGAGUUUUACUCCAUAGAAUUUGACCAGCAAUAUCUCAUAGAAGAAAAGAUGUUGCGAAGUCUGAAGGGCUAUGACUCCCACAACACGCUGCUGCUGCCUCCCCGCACCCCUGGGGAGGAGCUGCCCCCAGAAGUGUACGAGUACUUUAAGGAGAUGAAGAAGUCAAAGGAGGAACAGUUGAAGGCAAAAUAUCUGGAGAAUAUGGCACAGGAGAAUGAAGAGGAAGAUAUGACUACAUCAGAUCAGGAAAACUCCACUAGCACGAAAAGGACAUCCCUUAGCCAAGAGAUCUCUGUCACAUCCUGUCCGGAAGAGUGGCACGUCCCUUUGGUCGAGUCCAAAACCUAUGUAGAUGAAGAUGAGGAUGAAGAAAGCCUGGAAAAAAUAAUGUUUCAAAUUGACAAGAUUCAGAGCAUUGACAGCCACUCCACAGAGGAAGUUGGAGAGUUAGAAAACAACCCAGUGAGCAGGGCGAUCGCUCGCCACCUGGGCAUUGACAUUUCGGCAGAAGGCCGCAUGGCCAAGAACCGGAAAGGCAUUGCCAUCAUCAUCCAUGGGACACCCUUGUCAGGAAAGUCAGCCACCGCUAUCAGUGUGGCCAAGUACUACAGUGCAGCCUGCCUGAACAUUGACUCCAUUGUGUUGGAAGCCAUAUCUGACAGCAACAACAUCCCAGGGAUCCGGGCCCGGGAGCUAUGCAUUAAGGCUGCCAUCGAGCAGUCCAUGAAGGAAGGAGAGGAGUCUGCCCAGGAGGCUUCUGUGGGCCACAAUGUCAUGGGACAAGUACGACUGAGCACUGAAACUCUGGGCAAGUUAACCUCGGAAAUGAGUCUGGUGACCCCAGAAACCAAACCUGGAAAGAGCGUGCGUGGGAGCGUGUUAAUGGCCAAAGGCAAAUCAGAGAGCCAUGGCUCUGGGUCACAGAAGCAGCAUCACCUGCACCAGUCCGAAACAACACAGGUACAAAUCAGGAUUUCCUCCAGCCCUCUGCCCGUGGGGCCCACUCAUCGCUGGCUCGGUGUCAGUGGCAGUAUUGGAGGUGAGACAGGUCUGAUGAGCUGUGUGCUCCCUGAUGAACUUCUUGUGCAGAUCCUGGCUGAACGGAUACAGCUGAGUGACUGCUUCCGUGGAGUGGUGUUUGAUGGCCUGGACACACUCUUUGCUCGGAGCGCAGCUGCCGCCCUGCUCUGCCUGCUGAAAGCCAUCGGCAACCGCGAGCACAUAUACACUGUCAACAUGGCCCAAGACUACGCAGCCAUGAAGGCCCAGGAGAAGGCCAAAAAGGAGCAAGAAGAAUGCAAACGCAGGGAAGCUCUUGAGAAAGAGAAGGAGCGUCUCCAAAAUAUGGAUGAGGAAGAAUAUGCUGCCUUGACGGAGGAGGAGAAAAUCAUGUUCGAUCGGGAGGUCCAGCAGGCGCUCCAGGAAAGGAAGAAGAGGGAGCUGGAGAGGCUGGCAAAGGAGAUGCAAGAAAAGAAGCUACAGCAGGAGCUUGAGCGACAGAAGGAAGAAGAUGAACUGAAACGGAAGAUCAAAAAACCAAAGCAGGUUCCAGUAAAGGAGGAGCCGCCCCUGAAGAAAUCUCAAACAGCAAGCAAGCAGUUUCUUCCUUUAAUCAAACCAGAUGUCAAAGAGGCAGUAGAAAGGAAAGUAUCUGCUUGGGAGUCAGUAAUGUCUGAGAAGGAAGACGUAAACAAGAAAAAAAAGAACAUGGCCGAUACCAGCGUGUCUGGGUUUCCUCUUGCCCAAGAACAAGAGGACACCGAAGGGGACAUCCAGAAGGACACUGACAAGCAAUUGGCCCAGAAGUUUAAAAUCUAUGAGUUGAGUUUAAAAGAUAUCCAGAACAUUCUCAUGUGCUGGGACCGGAAGCAAGGAGUUCUGCUGCUGCACUCAGGGAUGGAGGACGUGUCCCAUGAGCCCGAUGACCAGCGCCAGGUGCCAUCGGGUGGGCGCAGGGGCCGCAAGGAGCGGGAGAGGGAGCGCUUGGAGAAGGAGCGAGCAGAGAAGGAGCGCCUGGAGAGGGAGCGAGCCGAGAGGGAGCGUCUGGAGAGGCUGAGGGCCAUGGAGGAGCGGAGCAACGGGGAUGGAGAAGGGGACGAGGACCACGAAGGCAAGAAGGAUCUGGGUGUGCCAUUCCUCAACAUCCAGUCUCCAGACUUUGCAGGCUCGAGCUGGAAGCAGGCCCUGGAGAAUGACAGGCUUCCCAAAGGGGAUCAGAUCCUGGACAUCCUGGGUCUGGGUUCCUCUGGACCACCCAUUCCACCUCCUGCCUUAUUCUCAAUCAUCUCCUACCCUGUGAAGCGGCUGCCUUUGGCCACAACAGAUGUCCUGAAGCAUUUUGUGUUUGUGGUCCCACCAUCUGAUGAGCUCUCCCUAGUGGAUGAAAAAAAAGAAGUAGAAACAGAAUUAGAGCUCUCAGCCACCAUGAUCGCUGUGAAGGCUCAAGAGGAGCAGACCUCCUCACCUAAGGGGAGUAGACAGAAAAUGAAAGAAAAACCAGAGCAAAUCCAUGAGACUCAGAAGGACAAGCGUCGCAUGGCCGUCAACAGGAAGGGCCUCUCUGCAGAAACUGAUGGAACCAUUGCCCCCCUGUCAGACACAGACCAGAGCAACUUCAGUGGGCAGCAGUCCCAGGAGAAAAUCAUCAGGGCGAACCACUUCCGGUGGAUCGUGCCAGCCAAUGGUGAGGUAACGCUACAAGUGCACUUCUCUUCCAACGAUCUUGGUAACUUUGACCAAACAUUUAACUUUGAGGUCCUUGGAACUCGCCGCCAGUACCAGCUUUACUGCCGGGGUGUCUGCUCUUACCCGUACAUUUGUCAAGACCCAAAAGUGGUCUUCCCUCAGCAGAAGAUGGACAUGAAGAUAAAUGAGGUCAUCUUUAAGAAGUAUAUUACGAAGAUGGAGAGGUUUUACUUCGGGCCACUGCUUUGUGGAAAAUCAAGAGAUAAGUACAAGUCAUCCCUGUUUCCAGGCAACAUGGAGACACUGACGAUCCUGAACAAUUCCCCGCUGGUGGUGGAGGCAUUCUUCUGUUUUCAGAAUGAUUUCAAAGCAGCCACCUACUUCCUGGAGCCCACCAACAUGAUUCUGAAACCCAAUGAGAAGCAGAUGCUAAACGUAUGGGCCUACCCUACUGCAGUUGGUGUCUUUGAAGACAGCAUUGUCUGCUGCAUCAAGGAGAACCCAGAGCCAGCCGUCUUCAAAUUAAGCUGCCAGGGGAUCCGCCCAGAACUAGAGCUGGACCCUAAGCAAUUACAUUUUGACCGGCUCCUGCUGCACAGAAAAGAAUCCAAGGUAGUUCUUCUCCGCAAUGUCACGCCCCUCCCCGUGGCUUGGCGGAUCAGCAGCCUGGAGCACCUGGGCGAUGACUUCACCGUAUCCACAAUGCAGGGGACCAUCCCCCCCAAGGCUGAGUACAGCCUGCACGUGCAUUUCCAGCCAUCCAAACCUGUCAACAUCAAGAAGGCUAUUCGGUUGGAGGUUUUAGAUGCAGAGAAUCUUGUUGGUGUUGUCCAGAUCGAAAACAUCCAGAUCUUUGCAGAGUCCUACGACGUCGCCUUGGACAUCACCUUCCCCAAAGGGGCUGAAGGAGGCCUGGACUUCGGGAUCGUGAGGGUCAUGGAGGAGGUGAAGCAGCCCCUGCAACUGAAGAACCGCGGGAAAUACGAGAUCACAUUCAGCUUUUCCGUGGACUCCUUAGGGAUUUCGGUGACCAAUGUAAAUUCCAUGAUCUCAGUCCAACCCAAAAAGGGCUCACUGACCACAGCAGAAAAACCCACAAAUGUCCAGGUAUUCUUCCGCGCGAAAAAGGAAGUGAAGAUCGAGCACCAGCCCAUUCUGCGCUGUCAGAUUAUUGAGCCCAAUAUUGCAGAAGGAGGUGAGAUCAUUGCUAGCAUCCCAAUUAAGUUUUCUGUGAAUGCAGUGUACUCCAAGUACAACAUCAGCCCUUCCUCCACCAUCAACUUUGGGGCUUUGAUCUGCGGCACUCGUAAGAGCUCCACCAUCACCAUAGAAAAUCUAGGCAUCACUGACUUCAAGUACACCCUUUAUAGGCUGACGGGGGAGAGCCCCAUUCAUCAAAAGAGAGUUGCCAGCCACAUCAGACAUGCGAAAUCCCGGGAAAGUGAGAGCUUGUACAAGGCCAGCACUUCCAAAGCACCCAAGUUCUCUGACUCUAUUCAAAAAGAAGUAAACAUCCCAAACCAGGCCCGCUUCUCCCACAGCAUGUUCACCGUGUGCCCUGGGUUUGGCUCCAUCGCUUCCGGAGGACUUCAGGUCAUCACUGUUGACUGUGUGGCUGAUACCGUGGGAAGGUGUGAGGAAUUUCUAGCCAUCGAUAUCUCCGACCGAGACCCUAGAGACCAGCCUGCCGGCAUUCCUUACACUCUACUGGCUGAAGCCUGUCUACCAGCCUUUGUGACGGACAACAAUGCCUUGAUAUUUGAGGAGCACCAGGUCUGCACCAGCUCCAGCCUGUACCACAUCCUGCAGACCGUAGAGAGUGGGGGACUGUUCGUGGAGGAUGAGAACAAGUUCCUCUUCUGCAAUGUCCUGGUGGGCCAUCAGGCCAAGGCUCGGUUCAAGAUCAGCAACAUGGGCAAGAUUCCCUGUGAUGUCAACAUUGUCCUUAAACCUAUCUCCAAUAAGCCCUUUGCCCGCAUCAUCGACAUCUUUGAAGUGGAACCCAACAAGAUGUGUGUUGCCAGUCGCUCCCAUGCCUUCGCCACGGUGUCCUUCACCCCGCAGAUCAUGCAGACCUACCAGUGUAUCUUUGAGGCUACCUUGGAUGGCUUGCCCAGCAAUUUGGCCAGGAACCGAGGCCUCGUAUUUGAUAUCAUUGGUGAGGGGAACCUCCCUCGAGUGACGGUUGUGCGGCCAAUUCUCUGUAACCAAUAUGGAAACCCCUUGCUCCUCUUUAAGAGGCUUCUGCUUGGUCAUUCAGAGAAAUUACCUCUCAUCCUUAAGAACAAUGGCACCAUCCCUGCCCAGCUGCAUAUUGACCUGCAGGACCAGCUAGGAGUCUUCUCCCUGAAAGGGAGGCCUAGUACCUCCUACAUCUACAUCCUAGAAGGAAACAAACCAAACGAGAAAGCAAAGAAAGCUCACACCGCCUCCCUGGUUGUUUCUCCUGGAAAUACAGCUGAAUUUGAUGUCUUUUUCCACUCCCAGAAGGUUGGGAGAAUGACAGGCAUCAUCCACUUGUCAGUGAUUAACAAUCAGUACGAGGAGACCUUCAUCCACAUGGUGGGAGAAGGCUACGAGGACGAUAUCACCUUGGACAACAUCCAUGGGCUGGUGGCUCCCACCAGCCUGGCGGCCUCAGAUAUCCCUGAGGUCAUAGAGGUCUUCGAGGAAAAUGGUGUGGAAGACUUGGUGACAGCUGCUCUGGUGGACCACAUCCAGUUUGGGGACUGCCACAUCGGAAACAGCUAUAAUGUGAGCUUCACAAUCACUAAUCACAGCCAAGUGAAUGUGAUACGGUUUCAAUGGCCCCUUUUAGCUACAAUUACUUUCUCUCCACAGAUUGGCCACCUCCACCCUGGAUGUGCCAAGGACAUAGUGGUGACCAUGAAGUCAGACGUGCCCAUCACCCUGAAGAAGAUGGGGGUCAAGUGCAAGAUCUCCAAGAUCAUGUUUCAGCUCCCUGCAGACCAGGUCCCUGACUGGGAUGACCGCAUGCGCACAGUCAAGUGGGUGGACGUGCCCAGAAACACACCUGGGACUUUCACUACAAAACGAAAAGUGAUAGAGACAGAUCCCGAGCCUGCCCACUCAGUAACAGAAGAAAACCACCGAGAACUGCAGCUUCAGAUCAGCGCCAAUGUGGAUUUUGCUUCAUACCAGUGCCAAACGAGCGACGUGCACUUUAAGGAAACACUGGUUUACCAGACCCGAGUGUUUGAGCUUGACCUGAUUAAUUCAGGCCAUGUGCAGCUGGAGUUCAGCUGGAUCUCAGAAGAUACUGCAAAAGUGGUCAGCUUUGCAAUGCCAGAAAACCCAGGUUCCACUCAAAAAGAUCAGCUUAGCCAGGGUACCCUGCAUACGGGAAGCACUCUGGACAGCGCCUUGGACCACUGGACCAAUGGCUCCCCGCCACCCUUCUCUGUGGAGCCCUCUGCAGGCAUCGUGCCUGUGGGGAAGACUCAGAAACUCAAAGUGAAAUUCUCCCCAUUGGACAUUGGAGACUUCGAGAGCAAACUUUUCUGCCAGAUUCCCAACCUGCCACCUGGAGAGCAAGGUCCAGUCCUGGUAGCAAAAGGGCGGAGCUUGUUGCCCUUUUGCCAUUUUGACCUGAAAGACUCAGACUACAUCAGCGGUUAUCGGCGCAACCCAGAGCUCCGAGGGUCUAGUAGUGGGACUCUGGAUCCAAACACCCGGGUGAUUGAGUUCACAACUGUGGGCAUAGGAGGGAAGAAUCUCCGGACCUUUACAAUCCUGAACCCGACCGAUAGCACCUACUCCUUCUGCUGGAUCUCUGAAGAUAUUGAAAGUCUCCAGAACCCUCCAGCCUUCACAUGCCUUACCAAGAAGGGAUUCAUCCACCCUGAGAAGAAAGCUGAGAUCGUGUUCCAGUUCACACCUUCCCAUCUGGAUGUCACAGAAGCAUUAUGGACUUUCUUAAUCCCUGAACACAAUAUCACAGUCCCUUUCCUGCUGGUAGGCAAAGCCAUUGACCCUCUCAUCUCUCUGGACAAGUCACACCUCAACUUCAGUGCUCUCCUCAUUGGCAGAGAAGCCAGGGAGACUGUACAGAUCAUCAACAAGGAGGAGCAGGGCUUCAAUUUUGCAUUCCAGGAUAACUCCCGAUAUUCUGAAGGUUUCAGCAACAGCCUGGUUGUAUGUCCCAUGGAAGGCUGGGUCCCACCACUGUCCAGGUUCCCAAUUGAUAUUUUCUUCACACCAAAGCAAGAAGGAGAUGUAAAUUUUAAUUUGAUCUGCAAUGUGAAAAAGAAAGUCCACCCUCUGACAUUAAAUGUCAAGGCCGAGGGCUACGCUAUGAAUGCGGAGGUUAAGUGCAAGGACAGCACUGGCACCAUCACUGUCUUGACUCCCAACCAGACCAACAUCAUCAGCUUCUAUGAGGUGGAGCUAAAUGAAUGUGUCCAGUGUGAAUUCAGCUUUAUCAACACUGGAAAGUUCAACUUCAGCUUCCAGGCUGAGCUAUCUGGUUCCAAAACUCUGCUGCAGUACUUGGAAUUUUCACCCACUGACAGCACUGUGGAUGUGGGGCAGAGUGUACAGGCCACCUUGUCUUUCCAACCACUUAAGAAGUGUGUCUUGAAGGGCCUGGAACUCAGAAUCAAGAUCACCCAUGGCCCAACAUUUGUGUGCAGCAUCACAGGCUGUGCUGUAAGCCCAGCGGUCCAUUUCUCCUUCACCAGCUACAACUUUGGGACCUGCUUCAUCUACCAAGCUGGGAUGCCCCUAUACAAACAAACCCUGGUCAUCACCAACAAGGAAGAAACACCUAUGAGCAUAGAUUGUUUGUACACCAACACCACCCACCUCGAGGUGAACUUCCGUGUUGAUGUAGUAAAUCCAGGAAAGACACUGGAGGUUCCAAUCACAUUUUAUCCUCAAGAAAGUAUCAACUAUCGAGAGCUCAUCACCUUUGAAAUCAAUGGGCUCUCACAGCAAACAGUCGAAAUCAAAGGGAAAGGUACUGAAAUGAAGGUUUUAGUCCUAGAUCCAGCUAAUAAGAUUGUGAAGUUAGGAGCUGUCCCUCCAGGACAGGUUGUGAAAAAAAUGGUUUCCAUCAUAAACAACAGCCUUGUUCAGCUCAUAUUUAACCUGUCAGUCAUGUUCUCGAUUCCAGAACUCCAGGAACCCAAGGUCAUCACCUUGGUGCCCUUCCAAACCAUCACCCUGAAGCCCAAAGAAGUCUGUAAACUGGAAGUCAUCUUUGCCCCAAAGAAGCGUGUCCCUCCCUUCUCCGAGGAGGUGUUCAUGGAAUACAUGGGGCUCCUGCGGCCCCUCUUCCUCCUCACUGGCUGCUGCCAGGCCCUGGAGAUCUCCCUGGACCAGGAGCACCUUCCUUUUGGACCAGUCGUGUAUCAGACACAAGCCGUACGACGCAUCCUCAUGUCCAACACAGGCGACGUGGGCACAAGGUUUAAAUGGGAUGUCAAAAAAUUUGAGCCUAAUUUCUCCAUCAGCCCGGAAGAAGGCUAUAUCACCGCAGGCAUGGAGGUUUCUUUUGAAGUAACCUACCAUCCCACUGAGGUGGGAAAGGAGAGUCUCUAUAAAAACAUGCUCUGCUACAUCCAGGGAGGCAGUCCUCUGUCCCUAACCCUUUCUGGAGUCUGCGUGGGACCACCAGCAGUCAAAGAGGUGGUGAAUUUCACCUGCCAGGUGCGCUCCAAGCACACACAAACCAUCCUGCUGUCAAACCGCACCAACCAGACCUGGAAUCUGCACCCCAUCUUUGAGGGCGAACACUGGGAGGGGCCCGAGUUCGUCACCCUGGAAGCCCAUCAGCAAAACAAGCCCUAUGAGAUCACCUACAAGCCCCGCACCAUGAACGUGGAAAACCGCAAGCACCAGGGCACCCUCUUCUUCCCCCUCCCGGAUGGGACCGGCUGGCUGUAUGCUCUACAUGGUACUUCCGAGCUCCCCAAAGCUGUGGCCAAUAUCUACCGUGAAGUGCCAUGUAAGACACCCUACACUGAGCUCCUGCCAAUCACCAACUGGCUGAACAAGCCCCAGAGAUUCCGGGUCAUUGUGGAAAUGCUGAAACCAGAGAAGCCAGACCUAAGUGUCACUAUAAAGGGUCUUGAUUACAUUGACGUACUGGCUGGCUCCAAGAAAGACUACAAGCUGAACUUCUUUUCCCACAAGGAGGGACUGUUUACUGCAAAGGUGAUCUUCCGAAAUGAGGUGACCAAUGAGUUCUUGUACUACACGUUGAGUUUCAGGGUCAUCCCUUCAGGCAUCAUCAAAACCAUUGAGAUGGUGAGCCCAGUCCGGCAGAGUACAUCAGCCUCCGUCAAGAUAGAGAACCCGCUGCCCUACUCGGUGACCUUCUCCACAGAAUGCAGGGUGCCUGACAUCAGCCUGCCCUCCCAGUUUGUGGUGCCUGCCAACUCCGAGGGCACAUUCUCAUUUGAAUUCCAGCCCCUGAAAGCUGGAGAAACCUUUGGGAGACUAACUUUGCACAACAGUGAUUUGGGUUACUACCAGUAUGAGCUCAAUUUGAAGGCCAUGCCAGCACUUCCUGAAAAGCCCGUUCGUGUCCAGACUGUUCUUGGCAGCAGCCAAAGCAUCUUUGUGAAGUUCACCAAUUAUACACGGCUAAAGACAGAAUAUUACUGCAGGACUGACUGUCCAGACUUCCACACAGAAAAAGUCAUUAGUGCAGCCCCAGGAGCCCAGGGGGGCACUGAAGUCACUGUGGAAGUCUUCUUCGAGCCCAGCCAUCUGGGCGAGACCAAGGGCGUCCUGAUCCUGUCGUCAAUUGCAGGAGGCGAGUAUAUCAUCCCCCUCUUCGGAGUGGGUCUGCCCCCCAAGCCUCAAGGUCCCUUCCUGAUCCGAGCUGGGUACAACAUAAUCAUCCCCUUCAAAAAUGUCUUCUAUCACACGGUGACCUUCUCCUGCACCGUGGAGAGCCCAGCCUUCACCGUUCGUGCCAUGGAUUCCAUGCGGCCCAAGAAGAUCAACAACAUCACAGUCUACUUUGAAGGAAACCCAUCGGGCAGCAAAACCCCCAUCACCACCAAGCUGAUUGUGAGCUGCUGUCCCAGUGAAGGCCAAGAAACUGGAAUUAAAUGGGUUUAUUACCUGAAGGGGAUCACCCCUUAG